GUAACUCAUAUGACCCUGUGUUUACGUUAUAUAUGUUUAAUCUUCACAAAGCUGUUUUUUUCUUACGGGUUCAUCCCACCAUUUCUAAUCUAUUUCUAAUGACUGAUGUCCAAACGCACCAGCAUCCGCUGCUCAGGCCAGUGUCCCGUUAACCCAAAUUCAUAUCAGCUGCUCAGCACGAGCAGGAAACAUACAUGUGACACACCCAGAUAUGAAAUUGAAGUUGAGCGUUUAUCAGUAUAGAUACACUAAGCUCCAUGUUAGACUACAUGCCACUGUGUUAUUGUGCAGUAGAGAGUGCCAUGCAGGAAGGAGAGGAGAGGAAGUGAGGAGAUGGGCUGCACCUCAGCCAAGCAGUUGUCAUCUGUACCCAGUGAUGAAGAGGGCCGGGGUAAGGCCUACAGCAAUGGAGAUGCCUUCUCCGAUGAGUACAGAGUGAAAGGAGUUGAGAAGGUGAAGUACAUGCAUGGAGAAGAGGAGCGCACGAACACACAAAACCAAGAGAACUUGGAAAAGAGCACAUUUUUGCACAAGGGCAGGCACAAAGAUGCCACCGGGAAUAGUAAUAAGAUAAGUAUCCACUCUUCAGAGAGCCAGCAGGAGUUCUUCAGGAUGCUGGAUGAGAAGAUUGAAAAGGGACGGGACUACAGUUCAAACGACGAGGAUAUGACAUCGCAUGCUGAGACGUUUGACUCACGCCAACAUUGAGUCAGUCCUGUCCCAAAGUUCUUUACACUUGCUUUCCAUGCCUCCUUACCCAACAAGUAUUAAUCUUCAAGAGAGUGGGUUCAAGUGACAUUCAAUCCAGUUAUCUACUCCGUUUACAAUCUACACACUCUCCCAAAUGUCUUACAGGUCAGUAUUUGGGACUCUUAAGGACUAGAAUUUAAACCGUAUGGGGGCAUGGAAAGGCCAUGGUUAAGGAGACUGGGAUUUGGCGCAAGAUUUGAAUGGGAAAGCCAUUUUCAGACUGUUCCUCAAUCCCUUGCCUUACACUACCCAUAAGCCUUUCUCCUACUCGUACAUAGAGUGGAGAGAGCCAUGCUGAGAAUCCUGGAUUUCACCCUCCCUUUGACAUGGACACUACACACGCUGGACUAGCAGUGGAGAUGAUAUCUCCUAAGGAGGACAUACCUACCGAGAGACUUGCGUGAUUCUGUCCAGCUCAUGCUGUUGAGACACAGUAGGUGAAAGAGUAUGGACAGAAACACAAGACCAUUUCUAGCAUUCCAAUUGUUUUUUUAACAAAGUAUUUUUCACCCACAGUGUAUUAUGUAUAUGUCUUUUUGACCUUUUUCUUUGAGUUAUGUUACAACGCUCAGGACAGCAGUGCUGUAUGAAUCAUCACUAGAUUUGUUGGUUAGAUGAGGGCAGUGCAGUUCCUUCAGGGCCGGUCUUGAGGACGUGUUGGGUGGUGGAGAUAGAUCACAGCAUCUAGCCGUGUUUAGAGAUGCCAGUUACAGCAUCUUAAAAGGGUCCUAUUAUGCUUUUUCACAUCUUCAACUUUAGUUAGUCUGUAAUGUUGCUG